CCGAAAAUACGAUGCGGGAGAACAAUCAAGAUGUCAUUGCUCAGGUUCAGGAAUCUAACGGCUGUUGGUAUCCUUAGUUGUGGAGGAUAUUACUACAAUCAGAGUAAGAAGCUCGAAGGACUAUACGCAAAUGUCCCAGUAUCAGACAUGGCGUCUAUGACCGUAGGUGCUUUACUCAAGGACUAUAAUAUCGAUGCGCAAAAGAACUUAUAUACCCCAUACCACGAUUGCUACACUGCCAGAAUACCGCUAUCAGAAAUCAAAACAGAUGAGACAAAGAAGAACGCUGAUGGAUUACUACAAUUAUACCAAGAUGCGUUCUUCAAGCAGGCUUUGAUGCGCUACGAGGGUAGUUUACUCUCUAAAUUUACCGGUAAAAAUGAUGGUGAAGGCGUUGGUGAUGCCAAAGCAGGCGGUGCACUGCGUAUCCUUUCCAAGAAACGCGAUAAUGUUGAUGUAUCGCCAAAAGAAACAAAGGACCUCAUUAAACAGUCUGCUUUCGACGUUCCAGUAAAAUCAUUCAACUGGUUUAGCUACUUAAAGUGGAUUUCUAAGCCAUCUUCAGCAAGCAUCGUUAUGGAUUGGACAAUGUCUGAUGGAGCGGUAGGAUUCUUUGACAAAUUAUCCACGUUCGGCUAUCCAUACAGGUUAAUGUUAGGGGGAGUGCAAGAGCUUCAUGUAGCGACUACAAAGGAUGAUGCUAUAUUUACAUAUGCUACUACACAUUUCUACGAUCCGAAAGACAACAAAGUCAUACCAAAAUGGGUUCAAAAAGUACACGACACAUACGCAAGAAUGUUACUCGACGGUGCAAUUAGUGGAUUAAAGAGUAUAAAUUAAAAUUACAAUUGUUCUUUAUCAUGGACCAGUCUAGCAACAGUGUUGGCUAUGCCAAUGUUGUCUACACUAACGUCACGCUCGUAAGGCUUCUCAAUAGAGCCUGUAGUAGAUGUGGUAUGAUUGAUAUCAAUGUGGCUUUCAUUAGAGGAGGAUGAGUAAAUACUGGCUGUUGCUGUCUUUCUGAAUUUCUGCAUUGACUUCUUGAAGAAAGCACCCAGUCCGCCGUGUUCGCCUUUCUCCUCUGUACCUUCGUAUCUCCGCUUCUUAUCGUUGUGCUUUCUCUCCCUCUUUUCUCUGCGUUCCCUUCUCUCCUCUCUCUCCAACUCCUCGUCUUUGGUUACUUCACCAAAGAAAGAAUUGAGCUCCGCGAGUUUAGCACGAGCUCGCGCUUCUUUCUGCUCUUGCUUCCACUGCAAGUGUAGAGCAGCUUGGGCUUGAGAUUGUACGAGGAAGCCAUCACAUGUGGAUUCUGUGGGCAGUGGCAUUUCAGACAUUCUUUUAGUCUUGCUUGUCUUUAAUUUGUUUUAGUUACUCUUUUUGGGUAUAGUUGUGGUAUU